AAUUUACGCAGCUGAUACCAUCCUCUGUUGACUGUUCACCUCUCCACCGUCCACCACGUCCACCCGGCAGGGAAAUGAUUUGGUAGUGAUUGAAUGUAGGAGAAGGCGACCCAGCGAGUUACAGGCCUGAGAGACUGGAGUUGAGACAAAUCAAACAUGGCCAAGCGCUACCUCUUUUGCGUCGUCUGGGCCGCGGCCUUGGUCGGCGUCACGGUCGGGGCCGACGACCUGUCCGACUUUUCCAACAACUUGGCUACCGAUAUAGGGCCGCUUCUAGCCCUGUUCGGAGAAUCCAUGACCAGGCAGUACCUCAGCGAGAGCACAUCCUUCCUCGACUACUUCAUCUUUGCCAUGGCGCCGAUCGGGAUCCUGACCGCCAUCGUUUCUACCAUUCGAGUCUGCGGCCAUUCUUCCCUCCGCGCUUUUAUUGGUCGGUCGCAAGAGGGCGACGGUGUCGUCGAGGCAGAGCUGUGUACAUCCACAAGCCGCGACGUUUGCGAGCUGUUCAACAGAGGUGGCAUUACCCGCGUUCUCGGACGCCCGAAGAUUAUCGAGCUGGUUUACGACGCAGGCUACAACACCCCGCCACCCGGUUAUGUGGACGAUAAAGCGGGCUUGUUCCUGUUUCAACAUUAUCUGCAGAAAUACGCGAAUUCAAAUGGAGAAACCCUUGGGAGUGACUGGAGAAGAGUUAAAAGGCGGGCGAACAGCAGCGACCAGGGAACUACCCACAGUUCGUUCGCCACCCAUCCGAACAUUUCGCUCAACGUCGGCAUCGUGAAGCGUCCGGAUUGGGUUUUCAAUACCGUGGCUGCUAUAGGAUUCGUGCUUCAAGCCGGCGUUAUCACUCUGGCCGGCGCCGGUGUCUGGAUCCUGCGCUGGGAUCUCAACGAAGGAGACGGCCCGGCCGCGACAAUAAACUACGCCCCGAGCAUGUACAUUAUUGGCACUGCUCUCAUGUGCGGCGGCAUGUGGAGCUGUGCAGCGCUUAUCGGGCAAACCACGCGUGAAGUUCGGUUUGAGAGAGUCUCUAGAGACCAAGCCGCACACUCUCAGUCGCGCCUUAUUUGGCUCCAGCCAGGUCCGCAACUCAUUGGCGACCAGAGCUUUGACCCUUUCGCCCAUAUCGAGGACACGACCAAGCCUCUCAGAAUGUGGACGUCUUCCAAGAAGGAGGACUGGGACAAGGUGUCCCACUUCGAGUUGUACACUUUUGUUGCCGUCCUCGCUGUCGUGAUCGGCUAUAUCAUACAGUUUAUAGGUCUGCGAGGGAUGAAGGCAUGGAUUUCCCUCACACAACUUGGCAUCACCAUUGUCAUGAGCCUGCUGCGCGGAUCGCUCCGCAUGCAGCGUCUCGACCGCAAGGGCAACAAGCUCUUAGACAUGCCCGACACGGUCGCCGGUCACGAACUCGACUGGCUUGCCUUUGAGUUACGAGAACACCACGAAGUCUAUGAUCCCGCCUCGACACACCCGCCAGGGGCAAGCCAAGCCGGUCAGCGUCAAGCCAAGCUCGAAGACUUGAUCCGAACCCGAGUGCGGCUUGCACACUUGACGGGGCAUGUCUCGCUUGGGAAGCUUGAGGACCGAGAGUACCAGCUAUGGGAGCAUGGCACCAUCAAAGUCCGCGCCAAAGCCUUCAAACUCGCCGAGGCCUUUCGCCGCAUUGCAGAGACCCUCCUUCCUAAAAGCAUGCCCUACGACACUAUCACGCUCCAGGUCAAAGUAGUAGAUUCACCUACCGCUGACGACGAGGCCGGUGACCGCGAACAGUUGGUUCCCGUCAUUCUCAAGCCACCCCAGGGCAAAAAGAUGCAAACCCGUUGGGCGAUCGAUUCUGCGAGAGUCGAGGCCAUCUUGGGGCUCUGGAUGUGGUCUCUGACCUCCAAUGAACGUCUCGACAACCCCAAUGCGACGGCAAAGGAAAAAGGACAUGAGACGGUCAGGGUCGUUUCGGUCGGCCCUGACGAUCACAACUGGCGUCGCGAUCUUGACAGACAGGGUGACAUGAACUUUUGGCUUGGUUCCGGCACACCCACAUUUACCGACGCGACCAUCGAUGCAGUUGAAGGGUGCUAUAAUCAUAACCUUGUCGAUUUGUUCUUCCUUGACUCCGGGGACCGCUGGAUAUUGCGGCAACAUAAGCAAGAACGCAGGCCACUCCAAUCUUUCCAGAGGCUUUGUGGGUGGGACCUGGUACGCGAGUCGCAGUCUCGCCAGUUCGGCCAGCAAGUCGGGCUUCGAGUCCAGACCUGCCCGAUCGACGGUUCGCUGUUAGACAUCUGCGCCCAGGAGCUCUUCGUCGCACUGGUCGUGGCGCUGGUGGUUCAGAACCUCGUGCCCCUCGGCAGCACGACAUUUGUGGAGGACGACGGCAACGUACGGUUCGACAACCCGGCCGUCAGCGCGCUCGCCACGGCUUUCGCGGAGAGCGGCCUGGGAACGCGUUCCGACGCCUUGUUGUGCAUCAUCCCGGCACUGCGCAACAGGCUGCAAAUGCCUUCGGAGAAGGAGAUGCUCACAACGUCGAUUCGACAAGCCGAAGCCUACAGGCGGCAAUCAGAGUGGGAGCGAGCCGAAACCUUGCUGCAAUGGGCAUGCCAGCGGCAUCCGCUAUCAACUCCGGCUCAAGAUGGCGACGGCAGCGACGACGACGACGACCUCCCCGCUAAAGCCUUCCGCGCUAUUGGAGAGCUCUACCGCUGGGCUCUCGCGCAGGCUUCGGAUGGCGUGACGCAGAAGUUCGGCAGAGACGGCAUCAGUUGGAUGCGCGACCAAUUCUCCAGCACGGGCGAAGAAGGCAAUCAGGGCACGGAGAUUUUGGAUUGCUACCAAACCAUCGAGAAAAAGAUUGACCAGCUACGGCCGAGCAACGUCCCGCCCCGACCCGAGAUCUUCAAACAGCUUGCACGAGCAACUCACGACCGGGACCGAACCGAGGCAUUGUAUCUCCUCUGUCUCGUCAAGACGGGCGACUUCAAGUCCCCCGUCCUACAGCCUGCGCUUCCGCAGGCUGUCCGGAACGGCUGGCACGAAGUCGCAAGCGCGAUGCUGGAGAUGAAAGCAGACCCAAACAAAAUGGACGACGACGGAAGAACCGCCCUCACCUACUGCGCCGAACUCGGCUUCGACAUUGAGCGCUAUCUGGACCACGGUGCCUUCGCGGACCUCCCAGACGGACAGGAGCACACUCCACUACUAUACGCUGCCAAACACGGCCACCGGGCCAUUGUCGAUCGGCUCCUCGAGGAGGAUGUGGAAACGAGGAAUAAGAAAUCUUCGGGCCAAACUCCGCUUGUUUGGGCUACCGAGGGCGGCCACUCGUCCGUUGUCGACCUCCUACUCGAGAGGGGUGCGAACAUAGAUGCCAAGGAUAAGGAAGGCUUCCCUGCACUGUUGGUGGCCGCCAGGGAUGGCCACAAGUCUGUCGUCGAUGUUCUACUCAAGAGA